AACUACAUCGACGUCCUCAUCAUUACCCGCGCCUUGUUCAUAUUGGCCCACGUAUGCUGCACCGACAUAUUUAAAUGCUUCAUCGAGAAGUUAUCCUCCUCGUUUAACAACAAAUGGCAAUUCCAUCCAUCCGUCAAUAGCCACAGGUGAUUCAUCGUUUCUCGGACAAGAUACUUAUGGAAAUAAUCCAAUAUUUGAUUCGAAUAAAUUACUCGUCUCACCACAAUUUGUUCAUCCACAAAGUUUUAAAACACCUUAUACGUCGUACGAUUUUUUUACUCAACAUAAUGGAAAAUAUUAG